AUGACAGAUUCCCCAACGCCCAACGGCCACGAUGCUCUGGAAGAGAGACUUGGGCGCCUAUCCAAGAAACCCGGCGUUCGGGCAAGCAUCGUCCUCGAUAGAACGAGCGGUGCGAUCCUCAAGACCAGCGGCGAACUAUCUGCGCUACGGACAGCGAAGGCUCGAGACGCUGCCACGGCCGCAUCAUUCUCUAAUGAGGCUCCUGUUGCUGAGGCAAGCGAGUCGCAAGGAGUAGAGGACUUUGCAGCAAUGAUUUGGAACUUUGUCAAUACGUCUGGACAUUUGGUGGAAGAGGUGGACACGGAGGACGAACUGCGACUUCUUAGACUACGAACCAAGAAACAAGAGAUUGUUAUAGUUCCCGACGUCAAAUAUGUUCUAACCGUCAUCCACGACACACCAUCAGCUUGA